AUGGUUCUAGGCGAUAAAAUAGACUGGGUCAGUCCAAGCCCGCCAGGGCCAGCCCUGAAAACCAUGUCUCGUACUGGGUCGUGCCAGGUUAGUCCAAGAGGUGUAAAAAUUGGCUGCUUCAGUCCAAAAUGCGUAAACAUGGGCUGGAAAUUGUUUCCCGAUUUCAUUGAUCUCUCAAUCUCGGGUUCCCACAAAAUCAUCACCUCAGAUCGAACUCUCUCGUUCUUGCAAAUGGAUAAAAGCUGUUCAACUCACCUCGUAGAUGGGGACGGUACUUUCAAUGUCUCUGGAAUUGAUAAUUUCAUGAAGGAAAUUAAACUUGCCGAAUGUGGGCUUUCUUAUGCCGUAGUCUCCAUCAUGGGUCCUCAAAGUAGUGGGAAGAGUACACUGUUAAAUCACCUAUUUGGUACUAAUUUUAGGGAGAUGGAUGCUUUUAAGGGGAGGUCUCAGACCACAAAAGGGAUAUGGAUGGCACAAUGUGUUGGGAUUGAACCUUGUACUCUUGUAAUGGAUUUAGAGGGCACUGAUGGAAGAGAACGAGGAGAGGACGAUACCGCAUUUGAAAAGCAGAGUGCUCUUUUUGCCCUUGCCGUUUCAGAUAUAGUACUAAUAAACAUGUGGUGUCAUGACAUUGGCCGUGAGCAGGCUGCAAAUAAGCCUCUCUUGAAAACUGUAUUCCAGGUUAUGAUGAGAUUAUUCAGUCCACGUAAAACAACUUUGUUGUUUGUUAUACGUGAUAAAACGAGGACGCCUUUGGAAAAUCUGGAACCUGUAUUGAGGGAAGACAUUCAGAAGAUAUGGGAUGUUGUUCCUAAGCCACAAGCUCACAGGGAAACUCCGUUAAGUGAAUUUUUUAAUGUUGAAGUUGUGGCUCUUUCUAGUUAUGAAGAGAAGGAAGAACAAUUUAGAGAGCAGGUGGCGAGUCUGAGACAGCGAUUCUUUCAUUCUAUUGCCCCUGGUGGGCUUGCUGGGGAUAGGAGGGCCGUGGUUCCUGCUUCAGGCUUUUCAUUUAGUGCUCAACAGAUUUGGAAGAUCAUUAAGGAGAACAAGGACCUCGACCUUCCUGCUCACAAGGUCAUGGUUGCCACCGUACGGUGUGAGGAGAUUGCUAAUGAAAAGUUCUCUUCAUUUAUCGGAAAUGAGGAAUGGCGUCAACUAGAAGAGACUGUUCAAUUUCAGCCAGUACCAGGGUUUGGGAGGAAGCUCAGCACAGUUCUUGAUGUUUGUUUAUCGGAGUAUGAUGCAGAAGCCACAUAUUUUGAUGAAGGCGUGAGAUCUUCAAAGCGAAAACAGCUGGAGGAGAAGUUGUUGCAACUUGUCCAACCAGCUUACCAAUCCAUGUUGGGUCACAUACGCUCCGGAAACUUGGAUAGGUUUAAAAAUGCAUUUGAUAAUGCCUUGAAUGAAGGGAAAGGAUUUGCUGUCGCUGCUCGUGAUUGCAUCAAGUAUUUUAUGUCACACUUUGACGAAGAAGCUGCAGAUACGAACAUUGACCUGGCAAAUUGGGAUGCUUCUAAAAUAAGAGAGAAGCUCCGGCGUGAUAUAGAUGCACAUGUUGCUGCAGUUCGUACUGCUAAGCUGUCUGAAAUCACAACAAUGUAUGAGUCAAAAUUGAACAAGGCAUUAUCAGGACCUGUUGAGGCUCUAUUAGAUGGAGCCAACGACAAUACCUGGCCUGCAAUAAGAAAACUUCUCCUGCGAGAAACUGAAACAGCUAUUGCUGAGUUUGUUAGUGCACUUUAUGGUUUCGAAAUGUGUGAAGAGUCAAGGGAAAAAAUGAUUUUGAGACUGCAGGAUCACGCAAGAGAAUUGGUUGAAGCAAAAGCAAAAGAAGAGGCUGGGAGGGUUUUGAUUUGUAUGAAGGACAGGUUUUCAACAUUAUUUAGCCACGAUUCUGACUCAAUGCCAAGGGUCUGGACUGGAAAGGAAGAUAUAAGAGCAAUCACCAAAACCGCUCGCUCUUCUUCAUUGAAGCUGCUGUCUGUCGUGUCUGCAAUUCGUCUGGACAACGAUGCUGACACUAUUGAGAAUACAUUGUCUCUGGCUCUUAUUGACCCCAAAGCUGCUGCUUCAACAAAUAAGGGAACUUCAGUGGACCCUCUUGCCUCCAGCACUUGGGAGGAGGUUCCAGUAUCAAAAACCUUGAUAACGCCAGUCCAGUGUAAAUCUUUGUGGAGGCAAUUUAAAACAGAGACCGAGUACACUGUUACUCAAGCCAUUGCUGCUCAGGAGGCUAGCCGGCGAAAUAACAAUUGGUUACCUCCUCCAUGGGCAAUCGUUGCAUUGGUUGUCUUGGGUUUCAAUGAAUUUGUGACACUUUUGAGAAAUCCUUUAUAUUUGGGCGUUAUUUUUGUUGCUUUUCUGCUUUUUAAAGCACUUUGGGUGCAAUUAGAUAUUGCGGGUGAAUUCCGCAAUGGAGCUCUUCCUGGACUUCUAUCUAUAUCCACCAAACUACUUCCUACUGUUAUGAACCUUCUUAGAAAACUAGCAGAGGAGGGCCAAAGACCUGCACGCACCGAACCUCAACAUAACCCUCCCCUUACAGCACAGAGCGGUACAAAUAAUGAUAGUGGUAUUUCAUCGAGUGCUUCUUCAGAGGUUACUUCUGUAAAUGGAUCCAAACACUCCAAUCCUCAGGCAUCUGUAAACCUUUCUUGA